AUGUGCCCCGUGCGUAUGGUACCAAAGGUAGUAAUGAUUACAGAAGAACUCUUUCGAUCCUUCGUAGAGCAGGCAUGGGGUGGGGCGACAGGUGUCCGCACUGAAAACAACGAAGCGGGGCCACAACAUACCCAACAGCAACAUCCAAACCACGGUUCUGUCCCCACUUCCGCAAUUUCUCACCUCAUCACCACUCCCUUCACAGCACGUGCCUGCUCACCGCUGGAUUACCCGAAUUUACUUAUGGCGUACCACAGGGCUAGCAAAAACGCCCUACUGCGUUACCAUUACGAUGCUCCCAUACUGCAACCACGCAUGAUAUACUCGCAUCCGAAGAGACCAACACCCGCCUCACUGGAGCAUGCACACAGUAGCCGUCCCACACAAUCACAACAUCAGCACUCACAAUAUUAUCACCCGAGGCAUGCGCAGCGCCAGCACCGAGCAAUACCAAGACAUGCACAUGAGGCAGCGGGUGCCCGCCCCCGCCCAUCACCGCACACUCGCGCACACCGAGAAGCUGAAGCCUCUCUUUCUUCUGCCUCAAUACUGCUCCCAGCAACGGCGUCCGACACACUACCCCGUACAAGUGGAUACACGGACUUGCGUAUCACGCCUGUUAUGCUGAGUAGAGCAAGCACUAGCUGGCCACACGAGGGAGUGGAGGAUUACAUGCUCGAGAAGCCCACAGUUGUCGCGGAAGAGGGAGUACGGCCAUCUUGGUCGCCUCAGCAAGUGAGGUACAGACCACCAACCUCAAGCACCAGCAGUAACAACGCCCACCAACGAAUAAGCUCAGGCAUGUCAAUGGAAGUAUUGAACUAUGGUGGUUUUGCAGACGAACAUGAUGAGGAAUAUGAUAACAGCAACAACGAGGGCCAAUACAAUCCCUUAGAUUACGGUCAGAAAGAUGUCGAGGAGCCAGAGGGAAGAAGUACAGUGUGGCUAGACGCGAGGGACGCAACAGAUGGGUUCCGUUCCUCGCAGAGAUAUCGGUAUUCAACAAACGCGCGCAAUUCACACCACCCGCACAGGACAGAGACGGAGGACUUUUCGAGGACAAGCGGAGCACUUGAACAGUCAGCACAUUGGCAUGUACAUAGCCACCGGCAAACUGUGGAACUAGACAGCAAUUACGAAGAGGCAUCACGCCGAACUUACGCUUGGAGGGCAUCCGACGGUGGAGAAAUAUUUUUGGCAACACAUUCAACACGACGGUCGACGCUUUUAGACGACCGGCACGUUUAG